AUCAGCUGUCACUAGUAGCGUUUCCCAGUUAGUUGGUUGUUCUUCAGUAUAGCACAAGACCAAAACAUACGACGGAUACCAAAAUAUGAUGUCGAAGGUCUGUCUGUUUUUCUUUACACUGGCAAUGUACAAAUGCCCAGUGUCACUGUCAACUAAAGCUCAGGGGAGUUCAAUGGACCUUGGGUUGAUAACGCAAAGUAACUGCCGAGUGGUCGUCAAUGAUACGGACGAACUUAUCAACUUACAGCCGCUCCAGAGAACCGACGGCCACCCAAGGUUCACGACAGUGUUCAAGGCUCAGAAUCAGUUGUGGAACUACACCUUCAACCCAUGUGUUCCGUACACCCUUCCUUUCAAGAACCCCCACGAACCUUUUGGUGAUCGCUGUCAUUCUGUAUCGAUCUGCCAGUACAGUGAUAUACAAGAGCCUGGCUUCUACUAUGCGUUGGUCGUGCAAGAUAAGGCUUACUUCAAGGCAGGACGGGACCGCCAGGACUUGCUUCAUGUUGAACUGCGAUUCAGAGGAGUAGAGUCAAUGAGGCGGAGAGAAGUUGUUGUACGGCUGGUUUGUGAUGAGGAGAGGACAUUGGUUGAAGAUGGACUGUUUCGGAUUGUAAAGGACAUCGGCCGAGGAGAGCCUGUGGAAGCAGAGCUUCAUCACAAAUGCUGUUGUCCCAAUGGCUGUUUAGGAAAGUCUCUGGAUGAGUCCAAGGGGAAGAAGGGAGCAGAUGGUGGGACGUUGCUGAUCCUGGUGGGGACGGUGGUCACAUUGCUGUUUGUUGCUGCUGCUAUCGGGGGUCUGUGUUACAUCAAGAGCACCCAGCUGCAGAUCUACUACAAGUUACCAGGUCUGUACAAUGCCCCACCAAGUGCAAGCACAUCGGGUCCGUCGAGGAUGGAACGAGGAUUGAACCCAAACUUGUCUCGACCUGUUGCCUACCGAGACUAUGAGCCCACGACGACCCUUAGAAAAAAACUACUUCCUGUUUUGGAUGAUGCCAUUAUAUCUGUGGACAGUGUGGAGCUUGGUCAGAGACUGGGAGGUGGAAUCUUUGGGGAUACGCACAUCGCCACCUGGCAGGACAUGACGGUCGCGGUCAAGAGGAUGACCAUCAAUAUCCAUGGCAACCAAGUUACCGAAGCAACCAUGGAAUUUAUGAAGAGUGAAGUGUGGUUUCACAGCCGACAGCGCCACAAGAACAUCGUGACAGUGGUGGGCCUCUGCCUGGACGGCAAACACCCCUACAUCAUCACAGAGUACGUCAACGGAGAGUGCCUCAAGGACGUCAUCAAACAUAAAGGAACCGAACUCACAUGGCCUCAGAGAGUCAAGAUGUGUCAUGGAGUGGCCGACGGCAUGGCCUUCCUGCACUCCACCAAGCCCCCAAUCAUCCAUCGCGAUCUCCGCUGUGCCAACCUCUUCCUGCUGCAAGAUGACAUCAUCAAGGUGGCUGACUUUGGUUUGGUGAAACUGUUGCAGCCAGUCAGACAGGAGUGUCUACAAGAUGACUGCUGUUGUCAGCGUCAGUACAGUGCAUGUCCUGCUUCAUUCCGAUGGACGGCGCCGGAGCUCCUGAACCACCCCACAGCCCAGGAGGACGAUGCGGUCAUCACAACAGCAUGUGAUGUGUUUUCUUAUGGUGUCAUCAUGUGGGAGAUCAUUGUGUGUGCUGACCCCUUCGAUCACCUCCAAACAGAACAAGAGGUGAUGAAAGCAGUACAAAGUGGACGGCGGCCAGAUAUUCCGACUUCCGCUGAGGUUAUGCCUCAAUACAGGGAGAUGCUGAGAGAAUGUUGGUGCCAGGAGCCACAGAAUCGACCCACGUUUAAACAGGUUGCAGUCCGACUUAGGGAAAUCUCCCAUCAGUCAAGAUCCUUUCAGAAAGUUGUAAACAACAAACACAAACACCGAGAACAGACUCUGAAUGUGCAAGUGUAGUUUGUGAAGCAAGGACUUUCUUGUGACCUCUGGGACAUGUUGAUUCAGGGGCAACUAGGGACAGAGAUCUGAGAACUUGUUGAUUCAAGGUCACAUACAAGUGAUCGUUGAAGGGACUCGUGGGUGUCUGUCCAAGUCUUGGACUGGGGAUGUGGCACCUUCGGACUGGGACUGAUCCUACGAUGAACAAUACCAGUUCUGAUAUAUCCCAAUCACAUCCCAACACAAUAUCAUCUUGGAAAACUUGUUUGACUGUUGUUACCAUGGAAACAGGAAAGCUGUCUUUCUUCAGUGCUGCCAAAUUCAUCUCCUGCUUACUGUGUAUAUAAAAGCUAGCCCAGUCAGACACUACUGUGUCACAUUGGAGGGACCUACAGGAAUACUUUGAGUUAGAAGAUCAGUGCUGAUAACGUGAGAACCAUGGAUAGUGUCCACAUGAUCAGUGCUGAUAACAUGAGAAUUGUGGAUAGUUUCCUCCAUAUGAUCAGGGGUGAUAACAUGAGAAUUGUGGAUAGUUUCCUCAUGAUCAGUGCUGAUAACAUGAGAAUUGUGGAUAGUUUCCUCAUGAUCAGUCCUGAUAACAUGAGAAUUGUGGAUAGUUUCCUCCAUAUGAUCAGAGGUGAUAACAUGAGAACCAUGGAUGGUGUCCACAUGAUCAGAGGUGAUAAUGAAGGUCAGCUUACUUGUGGCCUGCAGCGAGGACAUCAUCAUGUGAAGUACCCACUACUUAAUGUACUACAUGUAACCUAUAUUAAACAGAGUUAUGUCCCCUGAUGACAGGAUCCAGUGCUUGCUGGUAGUUUGACUCCCAGAGAGAUGAAACACUAGUUAUUCUUCCUGCAAGGUGGGGAAUACACCAUUUCAUAUUCAUUUUCAUAUUCAAAGAGAUGUGAGAAUAUCUGAUGUAUCUAUCCCACAUGUUUACGCCCAUCCCACACCCACCAUAUUUCAAUACCAAAAUCCGAGGUCGGACCCUGACCUGUUUGAUGUAUACUUCUUGGAUAUUCCCUGUUGUGAUUUUAAGAUGUUUUAUUGUCAUAAAUUGUGCAAUACAUUUACAAUGAACUGGUUAUUUAAUCCAAAUGACAGCAGAUUAUUAUAUCUUAAGGAAAAUGAAAUGGCUCUCUGUUCUUCUUAGUAAGUAUAUUUUAUAUCUACAUAUUGGUGGCCAGAUGUUUGACAACAGGCACGUAUAUGUUUGUAAACAUGGCAAUAUAUUUGUUAAUGAGUGUGACUGUUCAAAUGUUUGUAGAUGUAAUGGGCAGGAUUGAUUGAUUGUGUGUUGUUUACCAAAGUGCCCAAUAGCGUUCUAGAAUAAUGAAUGUUCAAUAUUCACCUGUGGAGAGAUGAUCCAUUUAAUAACACACUUAUUGAACACUGUUAUUGAACAGUGUUUAAUGAUAUCACGUGUAGAUGAGACUGUUCAUGGCAUCAACUUGCCUGUUGACUGGUAGCAUCGAUAGCUCCAUGCACCUGUUUCCUAGAUGGAUAAGCAAAUCAUUAUAGACUAUUUUUAACAAAAUAUACUAUUGUUUUAUUGACAUCCAUCAGCCUAUUAAUGAGUUAUCUCAGUUCACAUUGAUCUGUUGCAGGAAUUGCGAACUAAUAUGUUUGGAGAAAGGGUAGAGACAUUUUUGGGGAUUUCUCUGGUCAUGGCUUAGUGUUCAUGGCGUCAGUAAGACAAAAUAUACUGAAGGAAAAAAGAUAUGGAUCAUGAAUAUUCAUUUUGAUAUAUGAUUGAUAUUGUGUGUUGAUUGUACUUACGACUGUGUAGGACUUUGGACCAAGUAGACAGUUGUGAGAAAUGUCUGCAUGUCAAUCAAUGCAAUGUUUUGUCAUGAAUAUUUUAUGUUCCAGAACUGUGCCCAUGCUGUUGCUUACCAGUAAUUACAUUGAGCUCCAAAUAUCAAAUCUUACUAACAGAUAACCCAUCUGCUGACUCUGGGAAAUUGCAGAGUCACGUGACACGUAACUCGAACGUCAAUCGUUGUACAGGCACCCUGACACUGAUCUUGGGCAUUGAUCUUAUUGUUCAAUGCAAAUGUUACGAAGAUGUUGUUAAAAUUGGCAUGGUAUUAUUUCAUAUAAUGGAUCUUUGAGAAAGCUGCACAUUGUAUUGCCAGCAGCACCAUGAUAGAGGGUCUAUUUUCCAUCUUCCUCUAUGAAUGUUGUAUUCAUAAGCCAAGAAUAUUUUUAAACAUUUUUUGCAACAUAGAAUUUGUAUAAGUUUCAUAAUAUGAGUCAAAUAUAUUACGAUACCAUUUUUACUUCAGGUGCUUUUUUUGAUAAGUUAUUUCGGGGUACUAGCACUAGAUAUUUAUCCUAUUUAGCCAGUACAUAACGCCAUACUGUGACUUGUGUGCCGGCCGGAGACUGACUGGCGAUAUGAUAUCAGGGUCCUUGACAUACGGGUCAUGGGAUGAUUCUGAUUGGGAUAGAGUGCAGGGGUCAGAGGAAGGUUAGGUCGCAAGGGUAUGGUCACAUCAUUGGUAGGUCAUAGGUCAUGAGGGUGGGGUUGAACGUCAUGGGUGCUUUCAGAUCCACUGGUCGAAGGGGGUUGUUUACAUGUGUCAUUUACAGAUAAUCAAUCCACUUAGAUAUUGAGGCAAGUUCAUUUCAUCUGUGGUGAUUCCAGGUUAGAAUUAAUAAGAAUAUUCUUCUUGUUAAAGAUGACAUGGAUUAUAUGGUCAGACUUGGUUGCUGACCAGUCUGUUGUCUAGUCCAUACUAUAUGCUUUACUGGCCUUUGUCUUGUAGCUGGAAUAUUGCUGAGUGUGGCUUUAAACAACAAAAACAUAUAUUUCACUGACCUUGGCAAAAUUUCAAACCUUUUCUGAAGGAAUGUGCUUUCCCCCACCAGCUAGUAUUGCCAUGGAAACAUUUGCAGUCAACCAUUAUGAUGUUUUUGAACGGCCAAGGCUUUGGCUGCCAAGCUGUGGUCUUUACAUGAGCCAGGCUGUCAAAACUUGUACUCCUCCUAGUCUGUCAGUCCUGCCAUCAAGGGUCAGGGUCGUUAAGAGGGUCAAGGUCAUCAGACGUUUUCUGAAGGGGCAAGGUCAGUGGUUGUCAGAAAGGACAAGGAAUGUCUGAGGUCUUUGGGAGGUAUAGGGUCAUUGGGGUCAGCAUUUGUUUUAAUUGGGUAUCACAGAGCUUAGAUCAAAUUGAAUCUUCUGCAGCUACAGUGUUACACUGACUUAUGUCUGGAUAUCAAUUCUGUGUCAGCAGGAGUUUAGCUUGUCCUACAUAGAUAAUUUUUGUGUCACAGUAUUUUCUGACUUAGUUGACUUAUUACAUGGAUGUAAGUACCGAACAAGAUCAGACUGGCUUCUUUUAGGAUUAUCUGACUUAGUGGACUUAUUACAAUAAUAUUCUGUCUACUGUUUUGUGGGGCUUACAGUCUGUUUGACAUGAUCUCAGAGUAACUUAGUGUACCCCAGCUCCACACUGCAACUAAUGUGGCACACAGUGCAGUGAGCUUUUAACAUGUAGAGAAUGAUUCUUAUUACAAUCUACACCACUGUGUCUAUUUAUCGAUAACACUCAUGUCAAGAUCGUUCUUUGUGUUUUUGUCCCAUGACAUAAAGAUUUCAAAAGCUGUAAA